AAAUGGCUCGAACGGGCCUCUGUGAUUAGCCUGCGACGUUUGCUUAGCCUCUUACGCCAUAAAUCACCGAAGGAGCCCGGCGUCGCGUCGAUAAAGCCAAAGCCACGUCCAGCAUGUGCCGCUUGGGAUGAAUGACGAUGGAAGAGGAUGGACCAAUAAAGUUCAAAGCACUGAGGGCUAAAUUUCAGGAAGAGGCCCUCUUAGCCCAGGCCAAAGCCAAUCGUCCGGCUGUUGCUGAGAAACCCAAGCACCUUCCGCCGCCCGGGGGUCCCUCUGGCUCCGGGACGACCCCGGUGGCUCCCCGCGCCAUGUUCAGGGAUGGGCUGCGUGCGUCUGGAGGCAAGCGGCCCAUAUCGUUCCCACCUCAGGAGACCCCUCCCUCCUCUGGACUCGCCAACGGGGACGGCCCCGCCAGGAACUCCCUCAAAGACCGGCACAUGCCUCUGGUGCUCCCUGCCCUCCCCGCCAAAGGGCCACCCGCCGAAAGGGAGCCAGUCAAAGUGGCCCCCGCCCCGGCCCCGGCCCCGCCUCGAACAAAGAAGGUUCUGCUGCUUCCUUUCAAGUCCGCGGCGCCGCCAAAGGUCAGCGAUGAGAACGGCGAGGAACCCACGUACGCCGACCUGACCAACAGGCCCUCCAGCGCGCCCAGCGAGUUGCCCUCGCUGGAGAAGCGGAGCGCGGAGGAGGGGGACUCGCUGAGGAGCGAGCCGUCCACGGCCGAGAUGCCCCUCUCCAGCCCGGACGUUCCCAUCACCCCCCCUCUGUCAGAGGCUCCCGCCGACUCCGAGAACAGAAUCCUUAGCACUCUGGAGAGGGCCAAGAAGAAGUUCUCGUGGCAGCAGGGGUUGAUCUCCGUCAAACCCAAGAGCGUGCGCUCCCCCGACUUCGCUUUCAGGGACAGGGCCCUCCCUUUGCCCCCGGGGAACCCGAACGGCCUCGGUGCAGAUGUGCCCGCCCCCCCGCUGGCCUGUCUUCCACACCUGGCUUGUAUCUCCGCUCGGCCCUUCUUCAAAGCCAGCAACCCGGGACGCAGGUCGCCAUUUGAAAAGCAGCUGUUGAGGAACAAAGUGGGGAGCUCUUCGCCAAAGUCUUCGGAAACUCUCCCACCUUUGAGCUUUCCUCUGAAGAAGCCGCUACCUGACCCGAGGACACUGGGGCCCUCGCCAGUGAAGCCCCCCAGGCCAGCUGUGGUAGAUCUUAGCGGCUUCAGUGGCCUCGCCGUGAAAGACGUUACACCUGAUACAGUCCGAGCGCCAAGUGGAGAGCCCCAGCCCGUGCAGGUGUCCUUUCCCAGUCCUGUCCUGGAAGCCCCGGAGUUUCCGAACUUUGAGGAUUCCGAGAUGGAAACGGCGGGGGACGAGACGGUUGACGUCGCCUCCUCAGAGCUGGAAGCCUCAGACGCGGCCGGCAGCGACGUCAACACGCCCGUCCCGUCCCAAAUCCCAGACCCGGAGGCCUCGAAGCCUCACCCGUCGGUCACCUAUCCAGCCGCGUGCGGCGGGGCGGCUAUCGCCAAAGACCUGAACCUGGGCAGCCCCGACAUAAUCCCCCUGGAUCCAGCCAGCUUCCCCGAACCGGUGAACCUGUCCGGCAUUCCGGAGCCCUCCGUCCUGGAGCAGCGGUCCCACUGCGAGGAGGCGGCCGUAGACUCCCUGGCUGCCUUCUGCAUCGAUGAAAGUGACACGGGGCCCGCCGGGUACCAGUCCACGCCCGAGGAAACCGAGCUCAGCAGUCAAGCGAUGUCCAACGAUGACAUCCAGGUGCAGUCCAGCGCGCACCGACAGGACCGCUACUUUGAAAGCUGCGACAACGUGUACGAGGACGUGGAGAGCAUCAACCGAUUCGUCUCGGGCCAAGUGUCGAGCAAAAGAAGAGGCGGUUUGAAAAAUCCGUACGCUGACAACUAUCCUAAGAAGGAGGAGCCUUCUAACAACAAAUGGCCACGGAAUCCUUGUCGGGAACACCUAAGCCCCGUAAGUGCUGACCAUAAAGAAAAGCGAAAGAGGGAGAAGCACCGGCUGGAGAAGGAGAGAAAAGAGCAAAAAGAAAGGGAGAAGAAGGAAAACGAGAUGAAAAAGAAGUUCAAAGUGACGGGGGAGGAGGAGCCAAUGUACCACGCCAAGGUGAUGGUGGCCAGCAAAGUCCGCAAGAAUGACCUCCCCGUGAGGAGCGGGGACACGGUCAGCAUCAUCCGCACCACCAACUGCCCCAAAGGCAAAUGGCUGGCCCGGGAUGCCAACCACAAGUGUGAGCUUUUCUGUCCUUUUCACGUCUCCGCUAAACGUCCCGGGCCGCUCGGUCCCGCUCUAAACGGCGCCCAUUUAUCAGACGGCUACAUUUCGGUGAUGAACGUGGAGCUGAACAUCAAAGAGAUGCUGGAGCUCGGCAAGAAGGCCCAGGUCGCCGGACGAGGGGGCAACCUGGAGGCAGACACCAUCAGUAUUGGGAGCAGAUCGUCCAGCCACCCAGUCUUGACCAGCAGCUUCACAGAUGAUAGCGAAGAGUGGGACUGCGAGGAUAACGCCCCGUUGGCGCUGGACGACAACCCCUUUCUUCUGCAGAUCCCUCCUGGGCCCGAGAUCCCGUGCUUUGAUGUCGCCGCCCAGCACACGCUGAGCGACGCCAGCCUGGAAGACCUGCACACACAGACCAGACAUGAAGCACUGCAGAAACUAGCCUUCUUCUUUCAACACAGCAAAGCUGAGUGCGCCGACGUCCCCGGAGCUGGAAGAGCAGCCCUUAAAAAUACGGAGACAUCAAGCUGCUUAUGUGCAGUCGAGGAGCCGCCAUACCCCGAACAAGAGGUUGACUUCACAGAGCUGGAGCUCCUUCCUCCCCCACCUCUGUAUGCUGAUGACUGAUCUGAUCUCCACAUCAGAUGAAGCAGAGAAUGCUCCCUCCAUAGCAUCUGGGGAGGGGCGGGCACCCUCAGGGUUCAAUGGAAUGCACUGACACUGAAAAUAAGGUCACGACUGCCUGUACAACCGUACCAUAACUAUGUUUUCACCCUUUAGAAUGUGUUGUCAUGGGUUCAUUAGGAUGCUUUUCACACCAGAAGAGAAUAACAGCCCUAGAGCAGUUAGUUUUUUUUGUUUGUUUUGUUUGUUUUAUUUUUUUUUCAUGGGUAGGUUCUGUAUUGUAUACGAAAAUGUUCUUUGCACUUUUUUUCCCUUUUU